CGGUGCCCGCGGCCGUGCGCGCCGCCGGUGCCGGUGUCGGUGGCUGCCUGGCGCUGGCUGAGCGCUGCCGCCGCCCGGCCCCGCGCCCGCCGCCGCCGCCGCCGCCGCUCCCGGUGCGGCUGCGGGUCCCGGUGCGGCUGCGGCCGCCGGAGGUGACACCCCCCUCUCUUGCCACCAGUGACGCGCUGGCGGCGGGGACAGCCGUGAGCCACCCAGGACGUGGGCUGAGCAGCAGGACACGAGGAGGAAGAGGAGGAGUGGGUGUCUCGGGGACAGCACCGUGGCUGCGUGUCCCCAUCGCCGUGACAAACACCGCCAGCCCCCAGCCGACGCAGUCCGCCAGGUCCUGGUGCCUUUUUGGAGCCUGAGCCCUGCCGGCAGCACCGCGGGGAGGAGGAAGAGCCGGGGAGGACGUGCCGGGUGAUGGAUGGCCCCAGCCCCGCGCGGCGGCCUCGGGGGAGCGGCACCGGGCGGCUCGGGGCCCUGGGGGGCCCGGCCGGCUGCAGCCGCCUCUGCAGAGCCCCGCAGCGCCGGCUGCGCUGAGCGCCGGGGCCCGCGGCCCGCGGGGGCCGGGAGCGGCGCUCGGAGCGGCGCCGGGUGAGCCCCGCGCCCCGGGCAUGGCACGGCAGGGCUCGGGGGCCAUGCUGGUCUCGGGGGGCCUGGGGUUCCCCCCGCAGAACGUGGCCCGCGUGGUGGUGUGGGAGUGGCUGAACGAGCACGGGCGCUGGCGGCCCUACUCGGCCGCCGUGUGCCACCACAUCGAGAACGUGCUGAAAGAGGACGCCCGCGGCAGCGUGGUGCUGGGACAGGUCGAUGUCCAGCUGGCGCCCUACGUCAUCGACCUCCAGUCCAUGCAUCAGUUCCGGCAGGACACGGGGACCAUGCGCCCCGUCCGGAGGAACUUCUACGACCCCUCCUCAGCGCCGGGGAAGGGAAUCGUGUGGGAGUGGGAGAACGACAACAACUCCUGGACUCCCUACGACAUGGACAUCUGCAUCACCAUCCAGAACGCCUACGAGAAGCAGCACCCCUGGCUGGACCUCUCCUCCCUGGGCUUCUGCUACCUCAUCUACUUCAGCAGCAUGUCCCAAAUGAACCGGCAAACGCAGCGCAAGCGGCGGCUGCGGCGCCGCAUGGACCUGGCCUACCCGCUCACCAUGGGCUCCAUCCCCAAAUCCCAGUCCUGGCCGGUGGGCGCCAGCACGGGCACGCCCUGCUCGUGCCCCCAGUGCCUGCUGGUCAACAGCACCCGCGCCGCCUCCAACGCCAUCCUGGCGUCCCAGCGCCGCAAACUCUACCCCGGCGCCGUCCGCCAGAGCAGCACCUUCGCCGGGGCAGCGCUGUGGCCCGCGGGGACCGCGGCGCCGGCGGUGGUGGCGGGGGGCACGGCCAAGGGUGAAGGGCUGCGGGUGGCCGCGGGGUUCGGCCCCGGGCAGGGCGUGCCCAGCGCGGCGCUGCCCGGACUCAACAACCUCAACCGGCCCGGGACGCAGCGCGGGGCUGGGCUGGGCGCCAGGGCCGCCGUCCCCCCCGGGGUCCCAGCGCUCCCGGUCAAGAACCUGAACGGCACCGGCCCCGUCCAUCCCGCCCUCGCAGGGAUGACGGGGAUCCUCAUGUGCGCCGCCGGGCUGCCCGUGUGCCUGACCCGCGCCCCCAAACCCAUCCUGCACCCCCCGCCCGUCAGCAAGAGCGACAUCAAACCUGUCCCCGGCGUCAACGGCAUCUGCAGGAAAACCAAAAAGAAGCAGCUCAAGAAGAGUAAGACCCCCGAGGACGUGGUGCGCCGCUACAUCCAGAAGGUGAAGAACCCCCCGGAUGAGGACUGCACCAUCUGCAUGGAGCGGCUGGUCACCUCCUCCGGCUACGAGGGCGUGCUGAGCCCCAGGGGCAUCAAGCCCGAGCUGGUGGGCAAGCUGGGCAAGUGCGGGCACAUGUACCACCUGCUGUGCCUGCUGGCCAUGUACAACAACGGCAACAAGGACGGGAGCCUGCAGUGCCCCACCUGUAAGGCCAUUUACGGGGAGAAGACGGGCACGCAGCCCCCCGGGAAGAUGGAGUUCCACCUCAUCCCCCACUCCCUCCCGGGAUACACUGACUCCAAAACCAUCCGGAUCGUCUACGACAUCCCCACCGGCAUCCAGGGCCCGGAGCAUCCCAAUCCCGGGAAGAAAUUCACGGCACGAGGCUUCCCACGGCACUGCUACCUGCCCGACAACGAGAAGGGCAGGAAGGUGCUGAAGCUGCUGAUCGUGGCCUGGGACCGGCGGCUCAUCUUCACCAUCGGCACCUCCAACACCACGGGCGAGUCGGACACGGUGGUGUGGAACGAGAUCCACCACAAGACCGAGUUCGGCUCCAACCUGACGGGGCACGGCUACCCCGACCCCAACUACCUGGACAACGUCCUGGCCGAGCUGCUGGCCCAGGGCGUGUCCGAGGCCACCCUGAAGGACUGAGGCCGGGCUCGGGGCUCCCGGGCCCGCCCGUGCCGCGCUGCCCGCGCCGCUUCACCGCAGCCCCCCCGGCGGGCUCGUCCCCCGUCCCGGGCCACCCGGUGCCACCCACCGCGUGUCCCCGUGUGUGUCUGUCUGUCGCCCCGUCCCGUCCCGGCUCGCCCCGCUCUCGUGGCGAUAGCGUCGUGGUCUUUUUCUACCCGUGGCCUCUUUGCGCGUCUGUGCCACCCGUGUCACCCGUGUCACCCGUGUCACCCGCCGCUGCCCCAGGGAGCCGCGCACAGCCGGUGCCAUGUACAUGUCUGUGUUACAGAAUACACCCCGUGCCGGGCUGCUGU